AUGGCUACAAUCAGCGACUUGCCUAUCGAGCUCCUGUUAGAUGUAUUCAUCCUUCUUCCACUCCCGGCCCUUAUCGUAUCCCGGACGGUAAGCAAGAGAUGGCGAGAGCUCGUCGCCAUCGCCCCCAUCUUUCCGUCACGUCGCAGACUCCUCGAGCUCUACACAUACGCCAUCGACUCCCCUGGGUUUCUGAAAUCCCGCGCCGAGAUUAUCUCUGCGCUCACCGAUUUGAACAGAGAGAAGUAUAUCACCACCUUGGAGUCGCGAAUCGGAGCACCACUACCAGAUGACUUUCGCAUUUGGCUGCUGGAAUGGCCAGCGCGUGCGGUGAUUGGGCGUCGGGGCGAUUAUGGUCUGCAAGAUCAGCGCGUCCUCAGAUGCGCACUGCUACCGGAGCUGAACGCCCAUGGCAUAGUGACCUCAUAUCAACGAUGGGACGUUGAUGAUGACGACGAAGAUAAUCCCCCCGCAGACACUCCCGAUUGGUUGUGGAUGGUCGAAUUGCACGCCACUGUUCUCCAUCAUCCUGGCUGGAAUACCGUGACGUCUCUUGUUAUUACUGCGAAGGGCGUCGGUGAGCCCCUGGUGGGGCAGGUUCUGGCUCUUGGUGAUGACCGUAUUUAUCUUAAGAGUGUUAAACAUUGGAAUUGGAUUGACUUUCUGAAAGGUGAACUCGAGGGACGGAUCGUACCGUAG